AUGGAGCAAAUCACAUGUCCAAACGUCACACAUGGUAACUGUUCUGAGAAUGGGACAUUAAAUUGUCAUCCAAAUUACUAUGGUGACAAUUGUACGAUAUUCUGUUCUAAUGUCACUCAUGGUACUUGUUCACUAGAGGGAAAACGUAUUUGCCGUGAAAACUAUUAUGGACAGAACUGCACCCAAUUCUGCCCAAACGUCACGCAUGGUACUUGUACACACGAGGGAGUACUUGAUUGUCACGAGAAUUACUAUGGCCCCAACUGUACCAUAUUCUGUCAAAACGUUACACACGGUACCUGUUCAAGAGAGGGACAACUCGACUGUGCUGAUCAAUACUAUGGAGCAAAUUGUACGACAUUCUGUCCAAACGUCACACAUGGUAACUGUUCUGAGAAUGGGACAUUAAAUUGUCAUCCAAAUUACUAUGGUGACAAUUGUACGAUAUUCUGUUCUAAUGUCACUCAUGGUACUUGUUCACUAGAGGGAAAACGUAUUUGCCGUGAAAACUAUUAUGGACAGAACUGCACCCAAUUCUGCCCAAACGUCACGCAUGGUACUUGUACACACGAGGGAGUACUUGAUUGUCACGAGAAUUACUAUGGCCCCAACUGUACCAUAUUCUGUCAAAACGUUACACACGGUACCUGUUCAAGAGAGGGACAACUCGACUGUGCUGAUCAAUACUAUGGAGCAAAUUGUACGACAUUCUGUCCAAACGUCACACAUGGUAACUGUUCUGAGAAUGGGACAUUAAAUUGUCAUCCAAAUUACUAUGGUGACAAUUGUACGAUAUUCUGUUCUAAUGUCACUCAUGGUACUUGUUCACUAGAGGGAAAACGUAUUUGCCGUGAAAACUAUUAUGGACAGAACUGCACCCAAUUCUGCCCAAACGUCACGCAUGGUACUUGUACACACGAGGGAGUACUUGAUUGUCACGAGAAUUACUAUGGCCCCAACUGUACCAUAUUCUGUCAAAACGUUACACACGGUACCUGUUCAAGAGAGGGACAACUCGACUGUGCUGAUCAAUACUAUGGAGCAAAUUGUACGACAUUCUGUCCAAACGUCACACAUGGUAACUGUUCUGAGAAUGGGACAUUAAAUUGUCAUCCAAAUUACUAUGGUGACAAUUGUACGAUAUUCUGUUCUAAUGUCACUCAUGGUACUUGUUCACUAGAGGGAAAACGUAUUUGCCGUGAAAACUAUUAUGGACAGAACUGCACCCAAUUCUGCCCAAACGUCACGCAUGGUACUUGUACACACGAGGGAGUACUUGAUUGUCACGAGAAUUACUAUGGCCCCAACUGUACCAUAUUCUGUCAAAACGUUACACACGGUACCUGUUCAAGAGAGGGACAACUCGACUGUGCUGAUCAAUACUAUGGAGCAAAUUGUACGACAUUCUGUCCAAACGUCACACAUGGUAACUGUUCUGAGAAUGGGACAUUAAAUUGUCAUCCAAAUUACUAUGGUGACAAUUGUACGAUAUUCUGUUCUAAUGUCACUCAUGGUACUUGUUCACUAGAGGGAAAACGUAUUUGCCGUGAAAACUAUUAUGGACAGAACUGCACCCAAUUCUGCCCAAACGUCACGCAUGGUACUUGUACACACGAGGGAGUACUUGAUUGUCACGAGAAUUACUAUGGCCCCAACUGUACCAUAUUCUGUCAAAACGUUACACACGGUACCUGUUCAAGAGAGGGACAACUCGACUGUGCUGAUCAAUACUAUGGAGCAAAUUGUACGACAUUCUGUCCAAACGUCACACAUGGUAACUGUUCUGAGAAUGGGACAUUAAAUUGUCAUCCAAAUUACUAUGGUGACAAUUGUACGAUAUUCUGUUCUAAUGUCACUCAUGGUACUUGUUCACUAGAGGGAAAACGUAUUUGCCGUGAAAACUAUUAUGGACAGAACUGCACCCAAUUCUGCCCAAACGUCACGCAUGGUACUUGUACACACGAGGGAGUACUUGAUUGUCACGAGAAUUACUAUGGCCCCAACUGUACCAUAUUCUGUCAAAACGUUACACACGGUACCUGUUCAAGAGAGGGACAACUCGACUGUGCUGAUCAAUACUAUGGAGCAAAUUGUACGACAUUCUGUCCAAACGUCACACAUGGUAACUGUUCUGAGAAUGGGACAUUAAAUUGUCAUCCAAAUUACUAUGGUGACAAUUGUACGAUAUUCUGUUCUAAUGUCACUCAUGGUACUUGUUCACUAGAGGGAAAACGUAUUUGCCGUGAAAACUAUUAUGGACAGAACUGCACCCAAUUCUGCCCAAACGUCACGCAUGGUACUUGUACACACGAGGGAGUACUUGAUUGUCACGAGAAUUACUAUGGCCCCAACUGUACCAUAUUCUGUCAAAACGUUACUCACGGUACCUGUUCAAGAGAGGGACAACUCGACUGUGCUGAUCAAUACUAUGGAGCAAAUUGUACGACAUUCUGUCCAAACGUCACACAUGGUAACUGUUCUGAGAAUGGGACAUUAAAUUGUCAUCCAAAUUACUAUGGUGACAAUUGUACGAUAUUCUGUUCUAAUGUCACUCAUGGUACUUGUUCACUAGAGGGAAAACGUAUUUGCCGUGAAAACUAUUAUGGACAGAACUGCACCCAAUUCUGCCCAAACGUCACGCAUGGUACUUGUACACACGAGGGAGUACUUGAUUGUCACGAGAAUUACUAUGGCCCCAACUGUACCAUAUUCUGUCAAAACGUUACACACGGUACCUGUUCAAGAGAGGGACAACUCGACUGUGCUGAUCAAUACUAUGGAGCAAAUUGUACGACAUUCUGUCCAAACGUCACACAUGGUAACUGUUCUGAGAAUGGGACAUUAAAUUGUCAUCCAAAUUACUAUGGUGACAAUUGUACGAUAUUCUGUUCUAAUGUCACUCAUGGUACUUGUUCACUAGAGGGAAAACGUAUUUGCCGUGAAAACUAUUAUGGACAGAACUGCACCCAAUUCUGCCCAAACGUCACGCAUGGUACUUGUACACACGAGGGAGUACUUGAUUGUCACCAGAAUUACUAUGGCCCCAACUGUACCAUAUUCUUGAUUGUCAAAACGUUACACACGGUACCUGUUCAAGAGAGGGACAACUCGACUGUGCUGAUCAAUACUAUGGAGCAAAUUGUACGACAUUCUGUCCAAACGUCACACAUGGUAACUGUUCUGAGAAUGGGACAUUAA